UUUGAAACGAAAAAAGAGAAAAUCUAGAGGAGGUGGGGGCUUGAAAGUGAAGAAGUCGCGAGUUCAUCCAUCUUCAUUCUCACCCAAUCAAGGAUGAGUUCAGACGCAGAGGGAUCAGGCAAUGAUGUACCGGUGCAUUACAUGACCGGGUUUGAGCUGGUGCAGCCUGUAGUCGAAUCCCCGAAGCAAGUGGGGGUGAGGGGAGGGCGUUCGGCGAGCAGCUACGAGUGGAGCUCGAGGGCCGGGCAUCAGGACAAGCAGACCGGGGACUACGCCCGUGCGACGACCAAGCAGACCUUCUCCAGCGGGGACACCUUCAAGGAGAGGUCCACAGGGAGGGUCGGAUACAAGGACGAGCACAAGGAGACGACCACCAUCAGGGUCGGGAACAAGGGUGGCUACUCUGAGUACCAGGUCCAGAGAGGCUCCGGACCGUCACGUACGGCGAGGGCAGCGGGCGCAAUGGCAAGGGUUAUAACAGCAACAGCCUGACCCAAAAGAAGUAUUGAGUAUUCACUGUAUCUGAGUAAGUACGAUGGAUCUGGCACCGAGCUAGGAGUUUCUUAUGACAUUUUCAUAGAAUAAUCGGAUGCUGUUCUCGUUUUCAUUUCGUGAGUUGUUUUGGAAUGGCUGGUUCAUGUUGAAUUU